AUGGCUGGAGCUGUGAGGUAUAUCCCUUCAUUACAUGUAAAAUGCAGGCAGCAGGUCCUCAUUGAAGAGGAGGCUGAGUUGAAAGAGGUGGACUGCACCUGCAUAGAGCCUGAGCAGACAGGGCUGACGGCUUUGAAGGCGCUGGAGGAUGAGUGCUCACAGUAUGGGCUCUUUGUGACUGACUACUUCACCCGCACACCACGCAAGCUCAGCCCCUUCCGCUCCUUUGCCAGCAUUGAGCUCUUCCACUUCCACAUCCCUGAGGACACCGUCAUUGCCGUCUGGAACCUCAUCACCUUCAAGGAGCAGGGUGGCACUUUUGGGGAUCAAUGCCCAGACCGUAGCAUCACUGUGUAUUUUCGCUCAGGGGCUCCCUCCGUCAUUAACCCGCUGCACACGCACUUCCCCAGGGACACGGCUGUCCCCGGCUCCUUCGCACUGACCCUUACCUGGACCCUGCCCAACCGCACCACAGGGGUGUUCAACGUCACCAGCCCCCUGCCUGGGGACUGGUUCCUGGCUGCCCACCUUCCCAAAGAUGAGGGCAAGAUCUCUGUCAAGGGGCUCUACGAGGAGUGCCAGUAUCUCUUCCAGCCACAACUCAUCGUGCAGCGCCUGGUGAACAUUGCCGUGCUGUACCGGCCCCCCCCACCCCCCCCCCUGCCUCUACAACACUGGUACUACGUGCUGGUGGAAAGACACCCUGGGGUGCCAGGCACUGUCUCCUUCCAGGUCACCGUGCAGCUCACAGGCAAUGAGCUGGACCCCUUCUCUGUCCACUUCUACAUCUUCUUUGGGCCCAACGUGUCAGUGCCACCCGACCGCCCUGCUGUCUUCGUCAUCAACCUUCUACCAGUGCUGGACAGUGGUGGGGUCCUCAACCUGGAGCUGAGGCUCAAUGUGAGCUCCCUGUGUGGUGAGAAUGUGACAGUGUUUGGAUGUCUGAACCAUGAAGUCCCACUGACGUCUGCUGACAAUGCAUCGGUCACCUGCGAGACAGAGACCCUGGCAGGCUUCCUGCUCUCCGUCAACACCACGGCCAGCCUCAGCCGCCUGCGGAUCCCCUACCCCCAGACGGGCAGCUGGUACCUGAGCCUGCGCUCACUCUGUGCCACAGAGCAUGGGUUUGAGCCCUGCAUCAAUGUGACGGCUGAAGUGUAUCUGCGUGCCUACCUCUCGCCUUGCAUCAAUGACUGCGGCAUCUAUGGCCAGUGCAAGCUGCUGCGCACCAACAACUACCUGUAUGCCGCCUGCGAGUGCAAAGCUGGCUGGAACGGCUGGGGCUGCACUGAUAACGCCGAGGCUUUCUCCUACGGCUUCCAGCUCCUCUCCACGCUACUGCUGUGCCUCAGCAAUGUCAUGUUUGUGCCUCCCGUGGCCAUCGCAGUUCGCAGUCACUACCUCCUGGAAGCUGCCGUCUACAUCUUCACCAUGUUCUUCUCCACUUUUUACCAUGCCUGCGACCAGCCGGGCAUUGUGGUGUUCUGCAUCAUGGAGUACGAUGUGUUGCAGUUCUGUGACUUUCUGGGCUCUCUCAUGUCCGUCUGGGUGACCGUCAUCGCCAUGGCCCGACUUCAGCCUGUGGUCAAACAGGUGCUGUACCUGCUGGGGGCAAUGCUACUCUCCAUGGCUCUGCAAAUGGACCGGCAUGGGCUCUGGAACCUGCUGGGUCCCAGCCUCUUCGCCUUAGGGAUCAUGGCCAUUGCCUGGACGGCUCGCACCAUCCGUCGCCGCCACUGCUACCCCCCGACCUGGAAGCGCUGGGCUUUCUACCUCUGCCCUGGAGCGCUGAUCGCAGCAGCUGCCGUGCUGCUCUACGCCUUCGUGGAGACAGAAGAGAACUACUUCUACAUCCACAGCAUCUGGCACCUGCUCAUCGCUGGCAGUGUCGGCUUCUUGCUGCCGCCCCGCGCCAAGACCAGUGGGCGCUUGGGUCCGCUGCCCCGGCGCAAGGGCUGCGGGUAUCAGCUCUGCGUCAACGAACAGGAGGAGCUGGGGCUCGUCGACCCUGCUGUAGCCUCCAUCAACAGCAUUUGUACCAGCUGAUGCCAAUGGCAGCCUGGACUACUCCAGCAUGGACAGCAGCCCUGUGGGACCUGCUCUCUUCACUGAUCGCAUGUCCUCCGGGAGUGCCAGGACUCCUCUAGGUGGGCACGCAGCUACCCGUGCUGCCCUGUUCUUGCAAUUACAGCCUGGUUGAACUU